AUUAUUCAAGUGGCAUCUUGCUGAAAAAAAUUCGUAUUUGAAAUAAGUAUACGAUACUUGAUAAAUGUGAGUUAAUUUAAUAAAUGGUGAAUAAUUUGUAAUCAAUUGAAUAAAAAAACGUAAAAAAUGUUGGUAUUAUUCGAAACUCCAGCAGGUUUUGCUAUAUUUAAGCUACUGGAUGAGAAGAAACUUACAGAGGCAAAUUUAUACCAAGAUUUUGAGAGUCCUGAAGCUGCUAGUCGAAUUUUAAAAUUGAAACAUUUUGAAAAGUUUGCUGAUACUACCGAAGCUCUAGCUGCAACAACAGCCGCAGUAGAAGGAAAAAUAUCAAAACCAUUGAAAAAAGUAUUAAAAAAACAUGUAUGCCCUGAAAUACAAGAACAGCUUUUAGUAGCCGACGCUAAACUUGGUUCAGCAAUCAAAGAAAAGUUUAGCUUACAAUGUGUGUCAAACACAUCCGUACAAGAAUUAAUGCGAUGCAUUCGUUGCCAAAUGGAUAAUCUAUUAGCUGGAUUACCCAAAAAAGAGAUGACUGCAAUGGCACUUGGUUUAGCGCAUUCGUUAUCCAGGUAUAAAUUGAAAUUUUCACCAGAUAAAAUUGAUACAAUGAUUGUUCAAGCAGUAUGCCUUCUCGAUGAUCUUGAUAAAGAGUUAAAUAAUUAUAUAAUGCGUUGUCGUGAAUGGUACGGCUGGCAUUUUCCUGAAUUAGGAAAGAUUGUUACUGAUAAUAUUGCAUUUGUAAAAUUAGUUAAGUGUAUUCGAACGAGAGAAAAUACAUCAACUGCAGAUUUAUCCGAUAUUUUACCAGAAGAUAUUGAUGAAAAAGUUAAAGAAGCUGCUGAAAUUUCAAUGGGAACAGAAAUAUCUGAAGAUGAUAUCACAAAUAUUGUACAAUUAUGUGAUCAAGUUAUUGAAAUAUCUGAAUAUCGUGCGCAAUUAUAUGAAUAUUUACGAUCAAGAAUGAUGGCUAUGGCACCAAAUUUAACUGUUCUUGUUGGUGAUCUAGUUGGCGCAAGACUUAUUUCACAAGCUGGUUCAUUAAUUAAUUUAGCAAAACAUCCUGCAUCAACGUUGCAAAUAUUGGGUGCAGAAAAAGCAUUGUUUAGAGCUUUGAAAACUAAAAAAGAUACACCAAAAUAUGGUUUAAUUUAUCAUUCAACUUUAGUUGGGCAAGCCAGUACCAAAAAUAAAGGAAAAAUGUCUCGAAUGCUGGCAGCAAAAGCAUCUUUGGCAACUAGAGUGGAUGCUUUGGGUGAAGAUGUAAGUUUUGAUUUGGGAGCAGAACACAAAGCUAAACUUGAAGCACGUCUUAAAAUUCUUGAAGAAGGAAAUUUAAGAAGGCUUAGUGGUACUGGUAAAGCCAAAUCCAAAUUCGAAAAAUAUCAUGGAAAGAGUGAAAUAAUGCAAUAUCCAGCUGCUGCAGAUUCAACUUUACCAUCAGGUUCGAAACGAUCAUUCUCUGAAACAUUCGAAGAGAAACCAAAAAUAGAGGAUAUUUCACAAGCGAGUACAAGCGAUACACCAAAGAAGAAAAAGAAGAAAAUUAAAGGUGAAAAAAUGGAAGAAGUUGAAACACAAUUAGAAAAUAUUAAAAUUGAACCAGAGGAAGAAAGUCCAAAAAAGAAAAAGAAGAAGAAGAAACAUUCCGAAAGUGAGGAACAAUCUGAACAAUCAAUGAGCGAAGUUAAAGAAGAAUCAACAAUUGAAGUUAAAAGUGAGAAAAAGAAAAAGAAACAAAGGUCAGAAAGUGAAUCACAGCCAGAAGCUGAAAUCGAACCAGCAUCUGAAGAACCAACUUCUGAGAAAAAGAAAAAAAAGAAGAAAAAAAGUAAAUCUGAAGAUGAAUAAUUAUAAGAAAUAGGAUAUUGUUUCUAUUAGGAAUAUAACGUAUGCAUAAUCGAUGAUUAAUCCGGCCACACAUUAUCAGAAAUUUUUAUAAUAAAUAUAAUUCUUGACUCCCUUUCGUUAAAAUACUUCUUUCUAGCACAUCUAGAAGUGCCUUAAAAUUUGUAUCUGUCAGUGAGAGAGAGUCAAUCACCGAGCUAUACUUAGGGUUAUUUAUUCUAUAGAUUUGUCUUUAGAACUCUGAACCUUUACUGACAAAUGUAUGUAAAAUACUUAUCCAGUCAAAUUAGUCCAUAAAAUAUAAGUAAGGUUAUAAAAAUUUCCAUAGAGCUAAAAAUUGGUAUGAAAGUUCAGAAUACUAUUAUGAAUGAAUUGUGAAAAGUCCCCAUAAAUCCCCCUUGUGCAAAAAAUUCUAUUGAGGGGGGAAGUUUGCAAAAAUAGGUUUUUAGCUUUUUUCAGCAAAACAAUUCGUUUCACAGCAAAAAUAGUUUAGACAAAAAUUGUAGAUAAUCCGAUUCUCUUCCAAAAGUGAACAUUCAUACCAAUUUUUAGCUCUAUG